AUGGUGCUUUUCAGGGUGAGACCGUCUUGCAAAAAGAAACGGAAUGUGAAACGUAAGAUCUAUUGUAGAAAACGAGCUAAUUGUAUCCGUAUAAAAGAAGAGCUGAAAGAACUUUCUAAUGAUCUCAUACAAAAUACCAAACACGAAAUUGUUGACAGGAAAUGGGAUAAGUUUGAAUAUAGUGUACGUCGCAUUAUGGAUACCCACAUCCCACAUAAGAUGACUACCUCCCGGCAUAACCUACCUUGGUUUAAUCGCACAUUAAGACGCGAAGGAAGAGCAGAACAAAGAUUAUACAACAGAGCCAAGAAGUCUGGAAAUCCAACACAUUGGCACCAGUUUCGUGCUGCUAGGAAAAGGUUACACCAGAACUUGAAAACUGCCAGAGAUAUCUAUGUGUCAGAGUACCUUGGCGACGCGAUUGAAGAAAACCCAAAGCGUUUUUGGUCUUAUGUGAAGCAACUAAAGCAGGAUAACCUGGGAGUAGCAGAUUUGGAAAUUGAUGGAAAAUUAAUUAGUGAUGGACAAACUAAGUCUGAAAUCCUUAAUAAGCAGUUUUCUUCUGUUUUCACUGACGAAAAUCUUGCAAAUAUACCAGCAGUACGUGAUAAUCCUAAACCAGCAAUAAGACCUAUCAGUAUUUCCAUCUCCGGUGUCACUAAGCAGUUACUGUCAUUGAAAACAAACAAAGCUUGUGGACCUGACUCUAUCCCAUCCUGGUUCCUAAAAGAAUAUGCCCAAGACAUUUCACCCAUGUUAACUAAUAUUUAUCAAUGCUCCAUAGACACAGGAAUCGUGCCUUCUAAGUGGAAAAAUGCAAAUAUAUGUGGGAUCUUCAAAACAGGGAAAAAAUCAGACCCGGUUAAUUAUAGACCUAUUUCUCUGACUUGUAUUGCCUCUAAGAUAUUGGAACAUAUAAUUCACAGUCAUGUUAUGAAACACUUGCAACAAAACAACGUGCUAACGGACUGUCAACAUGGAUUUAGGGCAAAAAGAUCAACCGAAACCCAACUUAUUGUAACCAUACAUGAUCUGGCGAAUACAAUUCAACGUGGUGAGUCAACACAUGUUGCAGUCUUGGACUUUUCGAAAGCUUUUGACAAGGUACCCCAUCAACGACUUUUGAGGAAACUGUAUUAUUAUGGAAUUUCUGGAGAGUUACUUGAUUGGUUCGAGUCUUUUCUUUCACAACGUUAUCAGUCUGUUGUCUGUGAAGGCAAAACAUCUACCCCCCUACUUGUGACGUCAGGAGUUCCCCAAGGGACAGUGCUUGGCCCGCUCCUAUUUUUAUUGUACAUUAAUGACUUGUCGGACAACUUGCAGUCAACUGUGAAACUUUUUGCUGAUGAUGCCUUAUUAUAUGGUGUCAUUACGAGUGAUUCAGAUUGUGACCGCCUACAGGAUGAUCUGCAUAAGCUAGAACAGUGGCAAAAUCUAUGGCAGAUGGAAUUCAACCCCUCAAAAUGCAAAAUCUUAUGCAUUUCCAAUAAAAAGCAUCCUCCCCAAAAGCGGUAUUUGUUUUGUGGAGUAGAGCUAGAUCAAGUGGAAGAAAUAUCUUACUUGGGCAUUACUUUCACUAGUAAAUUAAAAUGGAAUCACCAUGUCUCUUCGGUGGCAAGUAAAGCAACGAAAGUUCUUGGUGUGAUGCGACGUAAUCUGUGGAAUUGCCCCACGAAAGUGAGAGAAACAGCAUACAAAUCCAUUGUACGACCCAAGCUAGAAUAUGCAUCAACAGCCUGGGAUCCUUACACUAACAAGGACAAAGUGGCUUUGGAAAGAGUGCAGAGAAAAGCAGCGCGUUUCUGUUCCAAGAACUACAAUCCUAUGUCAAGUGUCACUGAUAUGAUUGAAGAUCUAAAUUGGGACAGUUUAGAAGUUAGAAGAAAGAAAGCUAGAUUGACAUUGUUGUACAAACUCUCUCGGAAUCUUGUAGACGUUGAAACAAAUAAUUACUUGCUGGUAAAUAAUGAGACCAGGACUCGUGGCAGUCAUAGCUAUAAAUAUAGAGUCCCAAAAACUACCAAAGAUGUUUUUAAAUUUUCCUUUUUUCCUCGCACGAUUAGGGAAUGGAAUUUACUUCCCGAAGAAAUUGUGAGCUCAGAGAACCUCCUCCAGUUUAGAAACAAUUUAAGCAAUUCUUUUUAA